CCCCCCUCUUCCUCCUCCCGCGCAGGCGCUCUUCUCUCGCCCCCUGCCGAGCUGCCGGGGUUAAGGCGGCAAGAUGGCGGCGUCCUCUGUGUGCCGGGCCGCGGGUUGUGUGGCCAGCCGGGCCCUUCUGCGGGGUCCUCACGCUCCGCCAGCUUUGUGGAGUUUGACAAGAAGAGGAAGCACUGCAUCUUAUGCUCAGGUGCUGCAUCAUAUUCCCGAGACGCAUGUCACCACUCUAGACAAUGGCUUACAUGUGGCUUCUGAACAAUCUGGCCAGCCUACUUGUACGGUUGGGGUGUGGAUCGGAGUGGGAAGCCGCUAUGAAACUGAGAAGAACAAUGGAGUUGGCAACUUUGUGGAACACCUGGCUUUCAAGGGUACAAAGAAACGCCCUGGUCCUGAAUUUGAAAAGGAAGUUGAGAGCAUGGGUGCACAUCUCAAUAGUUACACCUCUCGUGAGCAGACUGCCUUCUUCAUGAAAGCGUUAGCCAAAGAUUUGCCCAAAGCAAUUGAGAUUCUGGCUGAUGUAGUGCAGAACAGCAGCUAUGAGGAUUCCCAGAUGAAAGGAGCGGAAUGUCAUCCUUCAGAAAUGCAAGAACUUGAUGGCAACUUGUCCCAUGUCGUCUUUGAUUACCUUCACGCUACAGCUUAUCAAGGCACUGCUUUGAGUCGGACUGUUGAAGGAACAACAGAAAAUGCAAAGCAUUUGUCCCGUGCAAAUAUAACAGAAUAUGUUGAGACUCACUACAAAGCCCCUCGCAUGGUCCUGGCAGCUGCUGGAGGGGUCAGCCACAAAGAAGUCGUGGACCUUGCCAAGCAGCAUUUUGGCAAUGUUCCCUAUCAAUACAAGGAAGACACAAUCCCCAUUCCUCGGUACUGCCGCUUCACUGGGAGUGAGAUCAGAGUCAGAGAUGAUGGUACUUUGGCUCAUGUUGCUAUUGCAGUGGAGGGGCCAGGCUGGGCCAAUCCAGACAAUAUUCCCCUUCUGGUAGCUAAUGCAGUCAUUGGGCGAUACGAUAUUACUUUUGGUGGUGGCAAGAAUCAGUCGAGCAGGCUGGCUAGAAUUGCUGUGGAAAACAAGCUGUGUCAAAGUUUCCAACCCUUCAACACUUGCUACUCUGACACAGGUCUGUUCGGUCUCUAUUUUGUUUCUGAUGCUUUGAAUAUUGAAGAUACACUGCACUUUGCCCAGGGUGAAUGGAUGCGCCUCUGUACCAGUGUGACUGACAGUGAGGUGAAGAGAGCCAAAAACAUUGUUCGUAACACUCUGACGGCUCAACUGGAUGGUACCACUCCUGUAUGUGAGAAUAUUGGAAGCCAUCUGCUGAACUACGGACGCCGGAUAUCUCUGGCAGAAUGGGAUUCCAGAAUCUCUGGGGUUGAUGCAGCAACAAUUCGGGAAGUCUGCAGCAAAUAUCUCUAUGACAAAUGCCCAGCUGUUGCAGCAGUUGGUCCCAUUGAACAACUUCCGGACUACAACCGUAUCCGCAGCGCCAUGUACUGGCUCCGUUUCUAGGCUGUGUUGUAUGCAGAAUGGAAGCGAGGCAGCGAGGGUAACCAAGGGCCCUCCCCUCUGGGUCUGUUCUUGUGGGUUUCUUGUGUGCCAGUGGCAAGAUGGGCUCCAUGAUUGCUGUACAAACAUUCUUCUUUAUCGUUGUGUAAGAGGUGCGUCCCAGAGAGCUAAAUAAAUUAAAUUUAAAUGGAUUUGGCAUCCAGUGUUUAUGGCUAAAUUGCAAUGGAAGUGACUCAUGGGGGCUGAGGGCAUUUUUCUUCAUCUUUCCAAGAAGGGUGCACUUUUACCGUUUAAAUCUUGCUUACACUUGUCUCCAGUAUCGUUUAACCCUCGCAACAGCCUCUUUAAAAACUUUUGUGACCUGCGGUUUGCUUUAGCCUGUGAAAGGAGUUCACAGGGAAGGAAAGGGGGAAGCCUUAAGCAAGCAGGAAUCAGUGUUUUUGCCUUAGUGGGAAACUGUGAGGUUUCAUUCUGGUUUUUUGCACCAAAUAGGCAGGAAGAAGGAGAAGGUGGCAUGUGGAUACAUGGAUUUCUACUUCCGCUGCCCCUUUCUCUGCUACUAGAGGAAAGGAAGCACUUCUUUCCUUUUACCUGGGGAGCAGAGUGGUGGUGUGAUGUUUUUCUCCCGUGCUUUUAAAAAUAAAUAUUGUUCUAUGGCCCUCAGCUGUGUUCCCAGAGCAGUUUACACAAAUAAUAAGAUUGUUCCAUUUCCACAUUUAAAAGUUUUUUUAAAAAAAUCCUCUCAUAAUAUAUAUAUUUAAAUAUGCAUUUGCUCCAAGAACUUAAACUUAGAUACACAUUUUGAGAAAAACUACUAAGAAUUGUCACAACAUUCAGAGCAGUAUGGAAUCUAGUGGGUGAUGAAGCAGCAAGCCAUACAUUAGUUUUAGCAGUACACAGAUUGGGAUAGUUCACUUAGGAAUUUGCAACUAUCAAAUCAUCAAUAUUUUUUUACCCUCACAGUGGACUUAUUCAGUGGCUUUGCAUUUGGUGGUUUGUUUUGACUAGAUGGCAGUCCACAUGUUGGGAGAGGGGGUUAUUCAUGUAUUGAUUAUGUGGAUCAAAGGGUGCAAACCUCCAAAUUCAUUAUCUUUCGUAUGCUAGGAAUAUGCAGAACAUGUAUUUCUAAAAGCCAAGCUUAUCUUGCGCCUUUUAAAUCCCACAGUGAAUCCAGCAAAGUUUCUCCACAAGGUGGCACUAGUUUAUUACUUUUAAACUCUUGCAGCGCAGUCACUGUUAAUGUUUUAUUCUUGGGUUACGUAUCCUUGGAAGUUCCAUUUCAUUUCUAGACGUUGCCCUGACAAGUGGGUUUAGAAAUAAUGUCAAAGCUUCCAGGAGUUAGUCAUAGGACUUGAGAUUAAUCCAAUAAAUAAACCAUUUGUGCCGAAUCUGGGUGUUUAUUUACAAUCGGUGUCUGAACCUUUGGUUUAUUAGGCAAGUUUGAAAUUGUUAAAGUGUUCUUGCUGUAAUUUGUACUGAAACUCUCAUUGCAAGCUCUGGCUCGUUGAAUCUGCUGCUAAACACCUAAAAACUAACUUCCAGGGCCAAUAAACCAUUCCACCUUA